GAAUCCAACGCAGAUAGGGACCAGCUAAGAGCAGAAGAUGCCAGCUCCGCCUCCCCGCCUCCUCCAGGGCCGCCACCUCCUCCCACUCUGGCUCUAGCCAACACAGAGAAACCGACUCUGAGCCGAACAGAGCAGCAGGGACGUGGCGCUCUUCUGUCUGACAUUUGCAAAGGCGCCAGACUAAAGAAAGCCGUCACAAAUGACCGCAGUGGGCCUGUUUUCGACAAACCCAAAGGAGGAAGUGGAGGCAGUGCUGGAGGAGGAGGUGGAGGUGGUGGUGGUGGUGGUGGUGGUGGUGGUGGUGGGUCUCCUGCUGGUUUAGGAGGCCUCUUUGCAGGAGGGAUGCCAAAACUGAGGUCUGCAGCAAACAGAGACAAUGACUCAGGACCCAGCCGUGGGCCUGUUCUUCCUCCGGGUUCCCGUUCUGGUGGACCCAGUCCUUUCGGCGGCGGCGGCAGUCCAUCCGGACCGCCGAAGCUGCCAGCCAUCCCUGCUGUGCCUCGUGGCGGCGCCCCUGAUCUCCCAAAGGGCCGUUCUAAUUUGCCAUCCAGACAGGACACUCCAGGUGGACCACCUCCCCCAGUACCCAACACCCCCAGGCCACCGCAGAGCCUCCAGUCUCGUGGGGGGCCCUCUCCGCCGUUGCUUCCCGGAGGACCCAGGCCCAGUCACGCCAGCUCCCCAAUGCCGCCCAGUGUUCCACCAGGGAGGCAUGGGUCUCUUCCUCCCCCUCCCCCACCAGGGGGAUCCUCCGGUGGGCCGCGGUCAAGCUUCUCCGCGCCCCCUCCUCUGCCUUCAAACAGCACCCGACCUCCAUUACCUCCAGCUCCAGGAGGGAGGCCUCCGCUUCCUGACGACCGACCGCCGCCACCGCCGGCUCCUGGUGGAGGUCACCGACCGUCAAUGCCCCGCGACAUGCCCCCGCUUCCCCCGUCCAUCAACUCCAAACCUUCUGCCUCGCCUUCAUCAACGGGUCGCUCCCUGGCUGGCAGCGGGGUGCCCCCUCUGCCUCCAGGACGACCGGGCCCGCCUCCAAUCCCGCCUGGCCAAGGAGGAGGAGAAGACCAAAACACACCCCGCCUGCCUCAGAGGAACAGCUCACUCAACAGCCACACUCCAGCACCCCCUUCUGGUCGAUCAGGACCCCUUCCUCCUCCUCCAAAUGAGAGACCACCAUCUGUUGGAAGAAACCAGUCAUCACCACGCACAGGUCCUCUUCCUCCACCACCUCCUUCAGGUCGCAGCAUGGGCGUAGGCAGCCUAAGAGCAACCCAAGCAGCCCCGCCCAUCGGUCGGCCAGGCCCAGAGCCUCCUCGUGGCGGCCCUGGCAGUAGGCCCCCCCUGCCGCCAGACAGGCCCGUUGGGGGACUACCACCUCCACCACCGAUGGGGAAUGGCUUCCAAAACUCUCACCACAACCAAAUGCAAGAUGACUUUGAGUGCAGGUUCACCUUUCAUCCCAUUUCGGACCUUCCUCCACCUGACCCCUAUGUGCCCUCGCAGAAAACCUACCCCAGUAAGAUCUCUAAGACAGAGAGCAAAGGUUCUGGUAAAAAAGAGCGAGGCGCUCCUCCCCUUCCCCUAUACCCAGGUGAAGUAAAGAUGGCUGCCUCUACAACACUUGGACCUUCCACCUCUUCCUCUCUUCUCAUCUCUCGCUUUCUCAGUUGACCAGAAGUCCUCAUGUGAGGACCACAAGGCUCCAGGAAUUCAAAUAAAAGCACAGUGGAGGUCACACCAUAUGCCUCUGUUGUAGAGAAAUGGUUUAUUUUGUACAUUUAUGCGCUGGGGAAAUUAUUUGUUUUGGGGUUGUUGUUUUUUUUAUACAUUUAUAACCAUGCUGUUCCUGGAAGCCUUCAUUGAUUUUGAUACUUAAAUUUUGUUCUUGUAAUGAUUCUAUUUCCUCUGUUUUCAGUUGAUGCCAUAACUGAGUUUUGGAUUUUUAUAACCCUAACGCAUCAGGAAAUCAAUCAAGGUGCCUUAGAUUCAGACAAAGACAAAGUUCAAAUGAUCUCAGCCUCUCUGUGUGCCUCUACAGCAUGAAUGUAGACUUAGUUUUUUUCACCACUUUGUUUCUGCUACAACCACUGGAGCGGUACGUUUUAAUUUUGCGAGGAUGCUUGAUGUGUUUUCAUGGACAUUUCUGCAGAAUUUUACAUCAUGAUUGAAAAAUCUUACUGAAUAUUGUUUUGUUAAAUUGUCUUGAUGCACAGCAGAGUCUGUAUGUAUCUUUAUGAUGUAAUCAGCUGAUAUUGAACUAUGGGAUAAGUUUUGUUUGCAGUGUUAUGUUCGCUAUAAUAUUCUGCUUUGUUUUGUUUCAAAGAAAUGUUUUCUGUGAGGUUGUCAUCUGAAAGGAAACUAUUUGCAUUUAAAAUGCUUACUUUAGGUGAAAAAGGGGAAUGCUUUUAUUAAAUCAUACACCAAUAUUCCUGAACAAUUCCUGUUUGGGAAUAGAAAAGGACAGUGAGCAGAAAAGUCAAUUAGAUAAACAAUAUCUUACCACAUAAGCCAUAUUAUUCAUUUUCAUAAAUGUGCAAUAAAGAGGACAAUAAAUGUAAA